AUGAAUGUGUGUUCUAUACUAGGGCUUACACGAGCCACCAUCACAAGGCGUAGCAAUGUCAUCCUCCCACGUCUAAACCCACUUACGCAUUACUCAACUACAACAUUCACCAGCAAAAUCGAGACUAAUCUGAUUCCUACAGGACAACAGGAAGCGUCAACCUCUUCUUCCACUUUUACUUCCACAACAUUGUCGUCGCUAGAAGAGGCACAACAAAAAUACCCUGAUUUUAACCCCGUGAAUGAGGAACAACGUCAGUUCAUUCAAAGAAAUACAGAGAAACCAUUAUUUGGAAGAAAGACAUACCUUAUGGAUGUAUAUAAGCACAUGAAUGAAACCAACCAAAUCAUUUUAUUUGUACACCAUAACAACUUGAGCAAAAACGAGAAUAAGCUGUUGAGAGAAGAAUUGAAGAAAAUCGGUGGUCAAAAGAAUGAGGAAGGACACAUUGUUGGUGGCUCGAAAUUCACCAUUUUGAAAAACUCCAUUUAUUCACUUUACCUCAAGUCCAGUCAUGAAGCUGACCCUGCGGCAAAGGGUAACACAGCCAAAAACAGAAAUGUGCAACAUCCACUCUUGCCACUUUUAGUUGGACCAACUGGCUGUAUCACUAUCAAGGAGUGUGAGCCAAAUGCUAUUAAGCAAGUUUAUAAAGUGCUCAAGAAAUUCAGCGACAAGUUGUUUGUUGUUGGUGCCAAGGUUGAAAAAGAUGCAUUCACCACAAAGCAAUUGGAUCAAUUCAAGGAAAUGCCAAACAGAGACGGUUUGAGAGGACAAUUAGUUGGAUUGUUGACAAUGGCUGGUGGUGCCAAUUUGGUCAGAACAUUGGAAACUCCUGGCCACUUGUUGUAUUUAACUAUGGACACUAGAGCCAAUGACAUGGUUCUAAAGAAUAAGGGAGAGGAAGUUAAGGCAGAGGAGGAAAAACAGUAG